AUGCCUCCGCAGUUUAACGCACCCGCCCCCAACACUUCCUACUUCACUCCGGCCCAGUACCCGGUCGCCGGUACCGCGCUCGACCCCCAGCCGGACGGGAGGCCGAUCCCGCUCCUGUUCAAACCCCUCAAGAUCCGCGGUGUUGAGUUUCAGAACCGUAUCUGGCUCUCCCCACUCUGCCAAUACUCUUCCGAAGAUGGCAUAGUGCAGGAGUGGCAGCACGCUCACCUUGGCGGCAUCUUCACGCGCGGACCCGGCCUCACCGUCGUUGAAGCCACCGCCGUCCUCCCGGAGGGCCGCAUCACGCCCGAAUGCGCCGGGAUCUGGAACGACACGCAAGCCGCCGCAUGGGCGAAGAUCGUCGAGUUCGCGCAUUCGCAGGGCCAGAAGGUCGCCAUCCAACUCGCGCACGCCGGCCGCAAAGCCUCCACCCUCGCGCCGUUCGUCAACUCUGGGCGCGUCGCGGACGAGGCCGCGGGCGGGUGGCCCGACGACGUCUGGGGACCGAGCACUAUCCCGUUCGCCGAGCAGUACCCGCGUCCGAAGGCGCUCACGAAGGAGGGCAUUAAGCGGAUCGUGGCUGGGUUCGUCGCCGCCGCGAAGCGCGCACUGCGUGCGGGCUUCGACGUCAUCGAGGUGCACGGCGCGCAUGGGUACCUGAUCAGCUCGUUCCUGAGCCCGACGAGCAACGACCGCACGGACGAGUACGGCGGGAGCUUCGAGAACCGCGUGCGGCUCACGCUCGAGGUCGUCGACGCGGUGCGCGCGGUGAUCCCGCCGACGAUGCCGCUGCUGUUCCGCGUGAGCGCGAGCGAGUGGCUCGAGGAGGUGUUCCCCGACAAGCCAUCGUGGCGCUCGGAGGACACAGUGCGCCUCGCCGGGCUGCUCGCGGAGCACGGCGUCGACCUGCUCGAUGUUUCGUCAAGCGGGAACCACCCCGCACAGAAGAUCAAGUCGGGGCCGGCGUAUCAGGCGCACUUCGCUGAGGCGGUGAAGAAGGCGCACGGGGACAAGAUCCUCGUCGGCGCGGUUGGGACGCUCGAGAGCGGGCAAGUCGCGCAGGGCGUACUCGAGAAGGGCCAGGCGGACGUCGCGUUUGUCGGGCGGAUGUUCCAGAAGAACCCGGGGCUCGUGUGGUCCUUCGCGGACGACCUCGGGGUAGAUAUCCACGUCGCGGGCCAAAUUAGCUGGGGCUUCAAGGGACGCGCGCGGAAGAACGUCAACAACAAUUAG